GUCGGAGAGGAAAUGCUAGCGGUGGAGGAGAAGAGGAAAAAGGCGGAGGUGUCCGUGGGACAGAUGAAGGCCGCUCGCAAGGACGUGCAGGAUUCCAUGGCCCAGACCAGGGUUCGCAUCUCAGGCGAGUUCACCCGCAUGAGGGCGACGCUGAACGAGGACGAGAGGGCAGCUCUGGACCGCGUGGACCUGAAGGGGCGUGAGCUGCUGUCAAAGAUCGAGGAGAACAUCGCUCAUUACGAGUGCGAGAUCAGCGAGCUCCAGGCAGCAGCCACGCGCCUGCGCACUCUGCAGGAGGAGAAGGACUCGCUCACGUUCCUGCAGGGUCAUAUGAAGAAGACAGAGAGGACUGAGAACCCCCCACCACCCGCUCCUCCGAGUGACUUGACUUUGGGUGAAGUGAGCUGGCUGAGUGGAGUCAUUGAGAAGCUCAAGCUGUCUGCACCAUAUGGACGCUCACCGACUGUGGACCCAAACUCUGCCCAGGACGACCUCCAGAUUUCCUCGGAUCUCAGGACGGUGACGUGGACCGCUGUACCCCAGGGUCGCCCCGAUCACCCACACCGCUUUGAUGCCUGGCCACAAGCCCUGUGCUCAGAGAGCUUCUCGUCGGGUCAGCACUACUGGGAGGUGGACGUGGGGGGUGCGGCCUGGGGCUGUGAGGUUGGAGUCGCGUACGGGACGAUCGCACGGAAAGGGCGUGGUGACGAGUGCAGCCUGGGAGAGAACGACUCAUCCUGGGUGUUAUAUAAAGAUAACAACAGCUGCUACGUGUGUCAUGGUGGUGUAGAGACCUCAGUGCCGGUGAGGGAUCCUCCCCGGAGAGUCGGGUGUCACCUGCACUGGGAGGCGGGGCUGCUGUCGUUUUACCGCGCCGACUCCAUGAAGCUGCUGCACUCCUUUCACCACUCGUUUAGUCAGCCGCUCUACCCCGCACUGUGGGUGGGUGGUGUUGGUGACUCAGUGAGGAUUCUGGAUCUGAGUCGUGCGUCCUGAGAGCACGGAGUGUGAGCAGCGCAGAGAAACGGGCACAACGCACAGACUCACGCACACAAAGACACAGAUCCCCCGUGUAGCCUUAACAUACUGUUGGGGCAAGUGCUGUUAGC